AUGGUAAUAGGGAAGGUGUAUCUGAUUGUAGGAAAUUGUGUUUCCUUUGUGCAUUGUUUCCUUUGUGCAUUGUUUCUUUUAUCUGUUGCGGCAACAAAGACAUCCAAAGAUGGUUAUGCAAAAGAGUCAAAGAAAAAUGGUUUGGUAGAUAAGCUUGAUGGUGGGCAAAAGCCCAUAGAUAUAGAAUCUUUUGAUCAAAAUAAGCCCGUUGGUGCAGGAAAUAAAACAAGAGAAGAAAGGAUGAUGGAAAAGGAAGCAAAGCAGAAGGAAAGGGAAGCAAAGCAGAAGGAAAGGGAAGCAAAGAAGAAGGAAAGGAAAGCAAAGCAGAAGGAAAUAACUUUGGCAAAGGAAGCAAAGCAGAAGGAAAAAGCUUUGGCAAAGGAAGCAAAGCAGAAGGAAAUAGCUUUGGCAAAGAAAGCAAAGGCAAGGGCAAGGAAAAGGAAGCAAGGCGAUUAG